CCCUGUAACUGCACCAUGACGGGUGUCUUGGAUGUUGAUUCCCCCUCUUGCUGCUUGCGCCAUCCGCCAACAGCAGCAGCAGCCAAGGAGCAGCAGCAACAGGUUUUUGACCAGCGGCAAACAAACAAAUCGCGUCAGUGCACUUCGUGGCUCGGCUUAGGCUUCCAGCAUCUUUCUGUCUCUCUCUCGCGCUCGCGAACGGCCAGAGACCAACCACUAAACAACAACAACAACAACCUGGGGAUCGCUCCACCCCUCCGUUUUUCAAUAGCAUCGGCAGAUAUUGUCCAAGCACCUGACUUCCAAGUGCUGAUUUGUUUUUACCCCCCUCUGGGCUCGUCUGGACAACGGGUAGCCUCGACUUUUGUGACUGGGGAACAGCGCAGUCAUCGCCAGUCGGUUUCCAGGAUCAGUACGGUUCAAAACCAAUUCCGCAUUCCAUCGUAUUUAUUUUUUUUCGAUUUUUCAAAUCGAUUUUGCGACCAAAUUGUGUUGACCAACGCUCGCAACAAGAUGAGGUUCUUCUGGCUCGGCUGCUUCCUCUUCACCUUGUUGAGCAAUUCGAGCAACGGAGGAAUUCUACGCCAAACACUCGGAGAACCUGAAGGACCACCUGUGGGAGAGUCCGGAUUCCAGCUGAAUAAGAGGUCGGAACCGCAGCCACCUUCAACUCAUGGCAUCAACAUCAAAGCGCCAGCCCCACCGCCGCCCGGUGAAGGGCCGCAACCGCCAGCCGCACCGGAUCCUUAUUUGUUGGAAAUAUUUGAAAAAAGUCCCGAGACGUUUCCGGCCGCCUACAUCCAGUGGCAGGAGCAGCAGCAACAAGAGCAAGGACAGGACAACGAAAGAGAAGGACGAUCGGCGAAUAGCAAAAGAAUUACCUACGAUCAAUUUGUGACAGCCGCCGUCGUCGCCCGUUUGGAUCUCCAGCGCUCAGUUUACACCAUGUUCGCACCGUCCGACGCUUAUUUGAACAGCCUCGGCGUUUCGCUAUCAGCCGUGGCUCUCAAAGACCCCGAAUGUGUCAGCCAAAUCGUGCGAUCUCACACCGUCCUCGGUCGAGUGACGCUCUCUGACAGGAUGGAAGACGUGGCCAUGUCACUAGAGGACUCACCCGUGUUCAUCUGCGCCAAAGAAGCCAACGGGGUGGAAGUGUUGCGAGCCAACAUUGAAACCGAUUACGGAGUCGUGCACAUCAUCGACGGCCUGAUGGAUCGUCCUCGCUUGAUGGAUUUCUGCCCGUCUCUGAGACAACGGUUAUCGUCCCCCCAAGGCCAGCAGAAGCAGCAGCAGCCAGUCGAAAACGUUAUAACCAAUCACAGUAUUAGCCUUCGAAAAGUGUCCGACCAAGAUCUCCUGGCCAGUUUGCAGUACGACCCGUCCAACGAAAUCGACCACAACGCAUUCGAUGUCGUCGUCGUGCCGUUCCCCAAAGAGACAGACCCUUCACCGGAGGCCAACAUUCCGCUGGAGCUGUUAGUCAACAUCGACAACUUCGCGCACGCUGUGAAACUAACUUGGCAAACCGAGGACAAUGUAAUAGCCACUCUGCAGAGUUUGGGAGCGUCGACAUUUCUGGCGCUGCUGGAGCGCAGCGGCUUGAUGGAUACGCUCACCCGUCAAGGCCCGUGGACGGUGUUCGCACCUGAUAACGAGGCGUGGCAGGCGCUGCCAAAGGAGAUCUUCGACCAUAUUGUCAGCGACCCGGUUCUGCUCAGACAAAUCCUCACCUACCACGUCGUCCAGGCCAAUGCAACCAGGGUGCAGCUCAUCAACGACGAGAAGCUGCCGUCGCUCUACGAUAGCCGACCCAUCCACAUCAAUUUCUACACGGACGGAUGGGCCAGCUGGUACACUGCUUCUGGCAGCCAGAUAUCGGACCUGGAUGAACUGGCGUCUAAUGGAGUCGUUCACGUCGUCAAGUCCGUUCUUCUUCCGCCUCUGGGUGAUUUCUACUCGGUUGUCAAAUGGACGCCGGCUUUACAAACAGCUUUUUCGAUGUUGGAGAGUGUCUCCAAUCCUGCUUUUACCAACAAUUCCGUAUCUUUGACGGCUUUCCUACCGGUCGAUAGCCCAGUGCUGGACGCUUUACUAGUCGGCUCAAGCCCGUCUGAUGUAGCAGACAUAUUGAGGCGCCAUGUCGUUCGCGGCACAUGGUUCACUUCGGGCUUGAUUGAUGGCGAUCGCUUGUUCACCUUCGACGAUCAGGUCCUGACAGUGCGCCGCGACGCGGAUUGUGUAGGAAUCAACGGAGCCUGCAUCGCCGUUCGAGACAUCACCUUGACCAAUGGCGUUCUGCACGUCGUCGACAAUCUAAUACUAUGAACAAUCUGAUCGAUAGCGUGAUCGCUUUUUCGAUUGUAGGCCACCUAUUACCGUGUGGCUCGAAGCCACAUUUGUGCUUUCCGUGUCGCUCAUGCAGGUUAUUUGACAUGAUACGUUCUUUUUUUAAAUAAAUUUAUUAUUAUUUCUCACA